GGUAUCUGGAUGCGUACGUACAUGCGUACGCGUAUCCAUCCAUCGCAUGCGUGCAGACACACAUACCUGACGUGCCUGACGAUCGAAGGAUGUGGAUGAGGCAGUCAGUCAGCCAGCUGGGGGAUCGAUGGGAUAUCAGUCAGUCAGUCAUCCACUCACUCACCCACUCAUCGUCCUUGGGCAGCAGAUACUCAUUCGUCGAACCGACAAACACAUCACCUCACCACCACAACUCCCGUCAAUUAUGUCCUGUCUGUCUAUCUGUCUGUCUGUCUGUGUGUCUGUGUGUGCAUGUAUGUCUCAGCGUCGCCUUCGCCUGCCAGCAUCUCAGAUGGGUGCUUCCUUGCUCUUGUUCUUCUUCUUCACGACACUCUUGAAAGCGCCUGUGAUCGAUGCUGUCCGCGAUUUCUUCUUCCCGCUCUCUUGGCCAGACCCUGGCAGCUCCGCCACUGUGUCCCCUUGUUCCUGCUCCUCUCCCUCCUCCUCCUCCUCCUCCUUCUUCUUCUUCCUCUUUUUCUCCUUUUUCUCCUCGUCCUUGCGGAGUUUUGCGUCUGCUUUCUCUUGUUUUUCGGUCCAUUUUUUUUGCUCUUUGUACUUCUUCUCGGUCAGAUCGGUAAAGAGAGCUACCGAUGCGCUGCACCCAGGCAUAGAUGUCCAUAUCAACACCACACAUAGAGUCAUGCAUACCAUGCGCACCAUGACACCUGACUGAAUGUCCAUGCAGGCAGGCCUACCCUCUCUCUUUGAGGAGGUUGCUGAGUUUCUCAAAAAACCCUUUGAGGAGAUGUGUCUUGAACACGUUGAUGAGUGGCUUGAGGUACUUCCACUCCGCUCCACUGACACUCCGCCUGUCACUCAGUCGACCGACCGACAGACAGACACACAGACGGAGAUGCGGCUCAUGAUUAGAGGCCAUGCAUAUCUUACCAGUCGAGAUGAGAUUUUUCUUUCUCUGACAAGCUGCCCAAAGUGAUCUCGAAGUUCCUGGCCUCUGUGUUGGUCGGGUGCAGCACAGCUGCGCCCGAACAGACAGAGAGAAAAAGGCAGGGAGGGGGAGACCAGGAUACAUAAAAAUGGUGUAUCCCUCUCCCUCUCCCUCUCCCUCUCUGCGCUUGUACUGUGUUGCGAUGCAUACCGUAAUCAUGGAGGAUGACUUUGAACAACUGAUCUGCCUCCUGUUUCAUGCAGAAUUACGUUUGUUCCAUGAAUGUUGUGUCUAUGUGUGAUCUUACCUCGAGAAGCUCUCUGGUAGAGAGUGCGAGUUGCUCGGGGAUUUCUGUUGCAUGAGGGCCCCAUGCCACACCCUUGCUGCCUUUGGUAUACAUGUCGAGACGGUACAGUGGGGUCUCGUCGACGGUGAAGGCAUGUCUAUGUUUCUUCGAAACGUCUAGGGUCAUCUUGUCCCUCACCUCGAAGAUGUUGAACUGCAUCCUAUCCCAUUCAUCAGCCCACUGACAGACAGACAGACAGACAGACCCUGCCGGAUUGGACUGCAGAGUGGGGUGGCUGGCAGGCUGGCUUACCCUGUGUAGCUGAUCAUUCAGCGCUUGCCUCAAAACAACAGGGUGCCAUUCCUCUUCCUUCAAAUAGAUCGAGGCAUGGCAUGCACGGCGGACAGACAGACAGACAGACAGACAGACGUGGGUGUGCGACAAAGACUGGCUGAGCAAAGACUGACUGGACACCAGUAUUUGCUUAUCUAUCUUCCUAAGUAGAGCGGAUUUAGCCUCUUUCCAAUCCAUCGGAAGUCUCGAAAGCGCCUCGUCAGUGUAGGCGUUGAUCGACUGCCAUGCUUUGGGCGAGAACAAGCCAGCCGGCUGAACAUUCAGGAAGGGACCGGUGGCCGUAAAGACGUACAGGUGUGAAUAGGUGUCUCGUUCAAAUUGCCUGCCUCGUUGCCUAGCUCUUUGUUGUCGGCCGACAGGGAAGUGAACAGAAGUGCGUGAAGGACACACGGAUCUGAACGAACGAAAGAGAAGCAUCUCGCUUCAGACGAGGACAGACAGAUGGACAGGCGCAGCACCUGUUGGCGACUUUGGUUUGACCUGCAGACAGACAGACAGACAGACAGGUAAGCAGGCAUUGACCAUUCGACAAGUCAGUGUUGCAGUGGAUUGACUGACGUGCGUGUCUUACCUCCAGCUGCUGAAACUCCGUGGAGUGGUCCAUCAAGGCGAAGAGCAGCAUGAUCAAGGACUUGAGACGAGCUGCAGACAACAGCAGCAGCAGCAACAAAAAUGACCGGAGAGAGCCAAGAGACACAAGUUACCAAAAGCCCCGUAUGCUUCGAGGGCCACGAGGGGCCGUUGCCAGGAGUAAUUGAGGUGGAUCUGCGUUCAUGACAGCCAGAUGCAAGCUCGUGUUGUGAUGUGAUGUGACCUUUGACAAGUCUUUCCACUCCUUGUCCCAAAUUUGGAAAGACUUUCCGUAGUAGUCCAGCUUGCGGCGUACAAAGCCUGCAGAUCGACGGCUUGCCGCUCUCUGUGUCCGUCAGACGCCGAUGUGUGUGUGCAUAUGUGUGCUGACCAGCCACCCGACGGCCAACACCUUUACUCAUGGGGUUUGAUCCCGCCUCUCUGUAUGUGUGUGCCAUGUAC